AUGUCAAACCUAUUCAAUAAAUACGUCCGUGUACCCACUUCCUCCUCUGCUCCUCUACCCGUCAGCUCCGCCGAUACUCGCUCUUCUCCCACAACAGGCUUCGGCCGCGCCCGCACAAGAUGGGCACUAAUCGCAACCGCCCUCGUCACCUUGUUGCUAUUCUUCGCUUUCGCAUCAUCCAACUCUGAGACAUCUGCAUCUAUAAAAGCCAAGGCUGGAGAAUACGCACAUCGUCUUCCUUGGUCUCCUCGACCCUCCUCACCCACUUCCACCAGCUCUUCCUCUGUGCUCAAUGUGGACGGAAAGGAGUUCAACCGGUGGCUCAACGGUUCAGGUCGACCCGACCUCAGAUAUGACUCUCCCUUCAACCCCGAAGAUUUGACCCUAACAGAAGACGAAUGCGAUGCAUUCUUCCCUGGGCUAUGGAAAGAAAUCGAUCGAAGUGUAGACUAUUACACCGAACAUCCCCUCACCGCUGAAUAUCUCGACAAGGUCUGCGACGAUGGGAUUUGGUCCCAUGCUCGAGUUUUAAUCCAUAACAAUCGCGUCUAUCUCAAGUAUUUCCAGCAAUCAGCAUUCACCCGCGUUAACUCGGCCUUGGCACUUUUGUUUCAGAGCGUGGUGGCGAGUAAGGAGAAGUUGCCUGAUGCAGAGUUUUGUUUAUCCGCCAAUGAUUGGGGUUCGAUGGGCAAGUUUUCGCUUGACAGAGCGCCGUAUCUGGAGGAUUUAUGGUUGAUGCCUGAUUACGGCUUUUAUUCUUGGCCUGAACCUGGGAUCGGCAGCUACACCGAACAUAGGGAGAAGACGUUGGAAGUUGAAAAAGCCACACCAUGGGAGAACAAGAUUUCCAAACUAUUCUGGCGUGGAGCAAUGGGUGUUGGUACCGCCGACCGAAAAGCUCUCCUCGCUGCUGCAUCCGAUCAUCCUUGGAACGACGUAAAACCUUUAGACUGGGGUAAUCGCGACGGAUUCGUGACAAUGGAAGACCAUUGCAAAUGGAAAUUCCAUGCCUUUCCCGAAGGUAUGACCUAUUCAGGCCGUUUGCGCUAUCUCCAAAACUGUCGUUCGGUCAUCGUAACUCAUGAACCCAGGUGGAUCCAACAUUGGACACAUCUUUACAAUCCCGACCCCACUUCUCCGGACCAGAACAUAGUUUUUGUCCCAGAGUACAAAGGUGAUCAACCAGGGACCGAGGUCGAAGACGACAGAGGCCAGGUAUUUCGCGAUACAACGUGGAUGCGCCUACCCGAAGUAAUGCAAGAAUUGCUACGCGACGACGACAAGGCGAAAAGAAUAGCAGACAACCAAUGGCGUUUCUUCCGGGAGAGGUAUGUUAGUCCAGCUAGUGCAGCUUGCUACUGGAGAAAAGCGAUCAAAGCUUAUGCGGGCGUACAGAGGUACAGUGUCAACUAUACGGGCACAGAAACUAGUUAUGAAAGUUUCAUUCUGCUGGGCAGUAAGUUGAAGGCUAUUGCUCGCUAA